AUGGCUGCUGUUGCAGUUAAAGAAGGUUGUGCUGGUAUGUAAUGUAUUACUGUAAUCUAUUACCACAUAAGAAUAUUUCCUGAAUCAUUCUAUUUCUAACAAUUAAAAUGUGUGUUCUCACAGUUUCUCUCUUUAACUCUAAACAGAUUCUGUCCCAACUCCCACCAUUUUGCUCGACCCUGGGUACAUCGAUGUAGCUAUGCCUGUUGUAGUACGCUGUGAGUCAACAGAAGGCACAAAGUGCCACUUCUACAAAGACCACGACCCCAACCCUAUAAGAACAGUGAAUUCCGGUGUUUGCCAAUUCAUAUUGUUCUGGAAUGAGUUCAAAAAGUGGAACAAGACUGAAGUAGAUCUCAGCUGUGCUAUUCUAAAUAAGAAAAUAAUCUCAAAACUUAGUGACGUUCGAAAACUUCAUGUAAGUGGUAAGUGACAAUUUUAUUACCAGGCUCUCGAUUGGCGCAGCAGUCUAAGGCACUGCAUCUCAGUGCUUGAGGUGUCGUUACAGACCCUAGUUCAAUUCCAGGCUGUAUCACAAUCCGGCUGUGAUUGGGAGUCCCAUAGGGCUGUGUACAAUUGGCCCAGCAUUGGCCGUGGUAGGCUGUCAUUGUAAAAAAGAACUUGUUCUUAACUGACUUGCCUAGUUAAAUAAAUGUGAAAAACAUUUGAUUGAUUGACAAACCUUUUUUUUCUUCUAAUGUACAAACAGAUUCCAUGAAAAUACCCAGGAUUUUUGUGGAAAAUACAGGAACUUACUUAAUUCUUCGGUGUGAGGCCAAGCAUGCUGGUACAUCAUGCUACUAUUACCUGGACAACAGUGACUCCCCCUUUAAAAAGCAGCCCUACAAAGACAAUGUAUGUGUGGGGAAAGUGGCGGAAAAGGAACUGCUGAGGAAGAGGAGCAGUGCCGGAGAGCUCUUCAUCACCUGUGCUGUGGAGCUGGUAAUGGAGGGUGAAGAUACUGUGAAAUCACAGCAUAGUGAACCCUUCAAGAUCACCAUAGAUCGUGAGGACAUCAAUUAA